CUCCUACCCCGGUCACGCCGUCUAAGAAACAGAAGGAACCGAACUCCCAACCAUUUCCGGAUCCAUCCCUCUGUCGUCGCCUCGCUGGAUCACUUCAAUACCUCCCCAUCACAAGACUGGAUAUCGCCUUCGCAACGAACUGGAUCUGUCAACAUAUGCAGUCUCCAACCGAACAAGACUUUAAGGCACUCAAACGUCUUCUUCACUACAUCAAAGGCACCCUAUCAUUCGGACUACCUAUCGUCGCUGGCUCGCUGGAACUACGCACUUAUUCAGAUGCGAACUGGGCAUCCGACACCAGCGACCAAAAGUCGGUUUCGGGUUUCUGCACCUUCCUCGGUCCCAACCUUAUUUCUUGGACGGUGAAAAAUAAGGCGACCGUAGCUAAAUUCUCCACCGAAGCUGAGUACAGAUAUCUCUCCGCUGCCGCAUCGGACGUGAUAUGGCUUUGUCGACUAGCCACCGAACUCAAUCUCUCUCAGCCAUCACCGACAAUCAUUCACUGCGAUAGCACAUCAGCUAUGGCCAUUGCCAAAAAACCUGGUGUUUCAUGCAAGAACAAAGCAUAUCGAGAUUGA